AUGGCAAAGGUGACCAGUGAACCACAGGAGCCUAAUGAAGGUAUGGACAAACAGACCCCACCAAUCCCAAGUACCAAAGGGAGGAAGAAGGGGAAGACUCCCUGUCAGCGAAGGUCCAGAUGUGGCGUUAAGGGCCUAAAGACCACCAUGAAGGCGAAAAGACCCCUUCAAGGAAGCACCAACAAAACAGCCUCUGAAACUAACACCUCUACAGGAAAACCUAAGAAAGCUAGAGGAACAAUACCGCGUGGUCACUAUCGCCGGCUGAAAGAAAAAAUGAAGAAAGAAGAGGCCGACAAAGACCAAAAUACUGUGGAGAACGCCACCGUUUCAAGUGAUGACAUGAGCAGCCAAUAA